AUGCUGCCCCACCACCUCGAAAGAGCAAAUCAACCCAGUCACAUCGACGGUUCGGAAGGAGGUUUCUUCACACUCGUAGAACACGCGUCUAAAAGCUCCACAAAUUCGCUUCGCGUUGAAACCGUAAAGAAUCAGGCUAGUCCUGGCCGUUGCAAAACAGCAUAUCCGAUGAGACGCAAUCGAGGUGCCUUUAGAAAGUGUACAGUUUGCGGGUCGAAGAAUGUCAAGGAUGAUCCUCGAUUGACUAAAUCAGCUGUGGGUUUGGCAUUGGGACUGGAGAAAGGUGGAAAUGGUCAGAAAAGGAACGAUGGUAAAAUGAUGGUACCAAGACCGAGAACUACCUUGACGCCUCCGUUCAGCGUCGUGAAUGGAAGCAGAGAUGCUGAUUACCCAGAGCACUGGAGACUUAUGUCGGUUUAUCAGCAGUCUUAUACCCGUAUAAAAGGAGAAGCUCGUAUCGUUGUUAGAUUAUAA